AUGGCGAUGCAAUCCUCCAGUAUCCUAGAAGUCCCCCUGAACAACAAUACUGAAUCACUCGAGCUGGAUCUAGCUGAAUUCUGUGGUGGUGAAGGUUCAGUGGAAGAGAUUGUAGGUAUCUUUCUGCAAGAGAAACUGCCUGCGAAGUUCUGGACCAGAUCUGCGAUGGAAUAUUGGAAACGUGAUUUGAAGGAAGAUGCAAUCUCACUAGCGAACCAAGGACUUCAAGCUCUACGGGAUCAGGACAGGCCUUCCGAAUGUCUCCCGCUACUCUGCCAGCUCGCAACGUAUGCCAUCAAUCUAUCUCGAGGCCUUCCCACCUUCAAGUUGGAGACGCCCGAAUAUGAUACCAUCCCCCCUGCUCAGCCCACUGUUGAUGAGACUCUGGAAAAGGCUGCUCACUAUCUUAAUGAAGCUUCCAAGAUUGACUCCAAGAGCUCUCUUGUUUUGGAUGUCCGAGUUACAUUAUACUUGGCACAGAAAAGUUAUGAUCAGGCUCUUGCGACGUGUGAAGACAUUCUUAAGGAGUGUCCAACUCAUCUACCUGCAUUACUAGGAAAAGCCAGGGUUCUAUUCCAUCGCAAGUUUUUCCGACCAGCAUUAAAGCUGUACCAACAAGUUCUGAAACUUGCCCCUCGUGUGCUACCUGACCCACGAAUCGGCAUUGGAUCUUGUUUCUGGUUCCUGGGUGAUCACAAACUUGCCCGACAAGCUUGGGAAAGAAGUCUUGUAGUGAACCCUGGAAAAGCCUCGCAAGGUGCUCGGCUCCUCCUUGGCUUAUCUCACUUUCAAGCAUCCAAGGAUAUUCACCUGUCCGAUGAAGCUCAAUUUGCCGCGUACCAGAAAGCAAUAGCCGAUGUGCAGGCAGUGUUCAAAAUGGAUCGAAACAAUGCUGCAGCAGCUUCCGUCCUAGCGAGCCACCUUCUCACCGCUAACAAUUGGGCCACAGCUACCAAAAUGGCUGAGCGCGCGGUGCAAUAUGCCAAUACAAGUUCGACAGCACUAGAGGCCCGCUUGGUUCUCGCAAGGGCUUUCCACGCACAAGGCAAACUCAACGAGGCCCUAAGGGAAUAUAGAGCUGCUGCUCCCCCCGAACGUUCCGUCUUGACCGCGAUUCUGGGUGUCGCUCAAAUCUGUGUUGCCCGCAAUGAGGUCAGCAUAGCUAUUAACAUGUUUGAAAACGUCUUGCGGAGACAACCUAAUUGCAUAGAAGCCCUGGCCAACCUAGCUGCACUUCGAACACAUAUGGCUUUCACCACUACCUCUUCGACCGAAGGUAGCUCUGAAAAAACAAAGGCAAAGGAACUGUAUGAGCAAAUCACGCGUUUGUUUGCCACUCGAGUCAAAACUUCAUCGAGGAACCCUGAUGACGAAGGAGUGAUGCCUCCACGGAUUCGAGAAGUUGCCAGUGAUCCGGACCUAUACAUAGAAAUCGCUCGACUGUCGAGUGAUGCAGAUAUAAAUCGCGCCCUCAAAGCCUACCGCCAGUCACUAACGGUACGAGAAGAUUUAGGAAAACCGAUCCCCGCAAUGCUAUUAAAUAAUAUUGGCGUUUUGGAAUGGAAAAAUGGACACCUUGCCGAAGCUCGAGAUAGAAUCGAAAGUGCUUUAGCUGCCACAGCUAGUGCUGUUGUCGGUGACGAGACGGAAAGGGAGAUCAACGAGCGAACGGCUGUUUGUAUGUUGUUCAAUCUUGGGGUAAUUUGUGAACAAGCAAAGGAUAAAGCAAAAGCCAAAGACAUUUACGAACGUAUCUUACUCCGGCAUCCCGAGUAUGUCGACGCCAAAGCCCGCUUGGCUCUUAUGUAUCUUGCAGAGAAGAACUUCGACAAAACCAAUGCUCUCUUAAAAGAAGCUCUAACUUCACAAACGGGAAAUGGUGAACUCCGGGCGCUUUACACUUACUUUUUAAUCGAGUCCAAUCAAGUCAAACAAGCUCGCGAUUUUACCGUUGCCACCCUCAAAGACCACGAUAAAUCGGAUGUCUAUGCCCUAUGUGCAUCAGGUGCUUUACUUUACACUCAAGCCAGAGAAAAUAAAGCCAUUGGACCCGAAGCAAGCUUAGAUCGAGCUAGCAAAUUCUUUCGCUCGACUGAAUUUUUUGAGAAGGCAUUACAACUUGAUUCCCAGUGUGCGUUUGCAGCUCAAGGCCUGGCGAUCGCUCUAGCCGAGCACGUCAUCUCUCCUAGUAAUGUCAACGCACCCAGCUCCAAUGGAACAUUUGCACCCGACGCUAGUAAUGUCAGGGCCAAAAAUAUUCGCGACUCAAUCACCAUUCUGACUAAAGUUAGGGAGGCGCUAAACGAUGGAAGUGUAUAUGUUAACUUGGGACAUUGCCAUUACUUACGAGACGAAUUUGAUCGUGCUAUUGAGAAUUAUUUCACUGCGUCCAAACGAUUUUAUGACGAUAAGAACGUUUUGGUUUUGCUAUAUCUCGCUCGAGCGUGGUAUCAAAAAGCUAGCAAAGACCACAGCUUUGCAGCGUUGCGUAGCGCGCUUCAAUUUGUUCAAACUGCCAAAGAGCAUCAUCAGAACGAUGGAGCAAUCGCGUUCAAUUUAGCCCUUGUACAGCAAAAAGGAUUAGAGUUGUUGGUUGACUUGCCUCCUUCCAAGCGGACGCUUACGGACAUCAAAACAGCCAUAGCUGAUGCUCAAUCUGCACAAGAAGCGUUUGGUGAAUUGGCUUCAAAGCCUGCGGGGACGGUGCCAUUUGAUAUUGACAUUGCGCAUCAAAGAAAACGAUAUGGAGAGAGCCUUUUGCGGAGGACGAGCGAAUUAUCUGAAUCUCAAGAAGCUUACGAAUCAUCAGAGAUUGCGAAAGUUGAAAGAGCUCGGCAAGAGAGAGAAAAUGAACGGCAAAAGUUGGCUGAGGCAGAGCGAUUGCGACUUCAAGAGAUAGCGGCAAAGAAUGAGGAAUUGACACGCAAGCGACAGGAGAUGCAAGAGUCCAUUGCGACUUGGUACACGAAACAAUCAAACUCCGAUAACGAAAGCGAGGAUGGAACCAAAAAGAAACGUAAAGGGGGAGGUGGAAAACGGAAAAGUACGAAAGAAACUGGGAUUACCAUCGUUCCUGAUGAUGAGGUUGAUGAGGGCUCUGAGCAGGAAGAAAAGAAGCGCAAGCGAAAACGGACCAAAAAACAAACUAAUGCCAAAGGAGAGCAAACAAACAAGCCUUCCAACCGGGCUGUUUCGACUGGCGAAGAUGAGAAUUAUGAUUCAGAGGAUGUAAAACCAGUUAGCAGAAGCUCCAAAAAGAAGUCCAAUAAAACCUUUAAAAGCGCAGAGUUUGUUGAGGAUGAUAGUGACUAA